AUGGAGACGACGAUGGACUGGGAUGGCUUUGAGAAACAGGCGAGGAGUGUUGCCCCCAAGACCCCGCUUGAUCCCAGAGGAGUUUCCAUCGAGAAAAUUCAGAGAGCAUACCGACAGCAUUUCGAUCUUGCCGCCGUGCGCCUUUCGUUCAAAGGUCAGCUAGUGGAUCAGAAUGAUUCCGUCAGUUCUUAUCUUGCACCAAACGACGAUCUGGUAUUCUUUACGGUCGACCAAGCCAGACAAUCCAGUGAGCACUCUCAACCAGCGCGUCACAGGGAGAGAUCGACCAUGGAACAUGAGUCACAGCAACAACCUCGCGAGAUAUCUGAGUCAUCUACCAGUACACUGACCAUACGAACGGCGUCGCUCACCAGGACUUCACCGGAGCGGUGUAUCGAAAAGCCUGGACGCCUCGGCAUCAAGGAAGAGAACGCAUCUGUCCCAUCGGUCGUUCAGGACACUUCAAAAGAAGCGGCAAACGCCUUCGAUCCCAAUAAUGUGUUCCACCGAGAACGAUCUCUAGAUGGAAUCCGUCAAGCACAGGGUGCGUCUUAUGAUUCAGUUCUUCGCCAAAUCAUCGAGCAGCGAGAUCCGGACAUCCUCGAAGCUGGCGUGAAUGCGUCGACAGAGAUCAUCAAGCGCUUGAGACAGAAGUUCUCGCAGUAUGCAGAAUCUAAUGCAGACUCAAAGGCAUGGAUGAAUGCAAUCGAGAAUGUUCUUCAGCAAACAGUCCGGACACGUACCAUUGUUGGUGUUGUCGGAAACACUGGUGCUGGAAAGAGCAGUGUAAUUAACGCUAUGCUUGACGAAGAACGCCUAGUACCGACAAAUUGCAUGCGUGCCUGUACUGCAGUUGUGACUGAAAUUUCUUUCAACGAAGAUGUCGAUCCGUCCUCCAAAUACCGCGCUGAAAUUGAAUUCAUCAGCUCAGAGGACUGGGAGCGGGAGCUUACAGUGCUCAUGCAGGAAUUCACGGAUAACGGUACGCUUUCUCGCGAAGCAGUGAACCCUAACUCGGAAGCGGGAGUUGCUUGGGCGAAAUUCCAUGCGGUCUAUCCCUGCGUCACCAAGGACGCUUUGUGGAAGCACACUAUAACCGAACUUGUGAACAAACAGUCUGUCGUCAACACUCUUGGGACCGUGAAAUACAUACGCGCCGCCCAACCAGAGCGAUUCCAUCAGGAGCUACAGCGAUAUGUUGACAGCAAAGAAAAGGUGUCCAAAAAAGACAAAGAAAAGCCCAAGAUCUCGGUGCCAAAGGCAGCGCGUGUGAUGGAGUACUGGCCGUUGAUCAAAGUCGUGAGGAUAUAUACAAAGAGUCCGGCACUGUCGACAGGCGCUGUCAUUGUCGAUCUUCCUGGCGUCCACGAUAGUAAUGCUGCACGAGCUGCUGUUGCUCAGGGCUACCUGAAGCAAUGUACUGGUCUCUGGAUUGUUGCUCCUAUCAACCGUGCUGUUGACGACAAGGCUGCCAAGACCCUCCUCGGUGACUCGUUCAAACGUCAACUCAAAUACGACGGCGGGUUCUCGAAUAUGACAUUUAUCUGCUCAAAGACAGAUGAUAUUUCCGUUACAGAGGCUAGUGACAGUCUUGGGUUAGAGGACGAAGUCUCGGAGUUGAACAAGCGAUACGAGCAUUGCGAUGAGCAGAUUCGCCAAGUUCAUGCCAAGAUUGAGGAUCUGAAGGAGACCCGACAGGUCUACAAGCUUGCUAUAGCAGAAAUAGCCAAAGACAUUGAGAUUUGGGAAGACUUCCAGGAGCAAAUCGAGGACGGCAUACCUGUCUUUGCACCUUUACCUAAGACUAGCAAGCGCAAGGAUACGAGCUUGGAUCGACGCCCAUCAAAAAAGCCCAGGACUUUUGAGGAAAAUUCAGAUGAUGAGUUCAUCGCCUCUGAUGAGGAUAAGUCUAGUGAGGGCGACGACAAUGACGUCACGAUUCUGGUGGCACGACAGAAACUCACUGAGACGGACGUCAAAUCCAAGCUCAAGGACCUCAGAGAGACGAAGAAGACUGCUAGAAGCGAAGGUACCGAAAUCAACAAGAUGAUAGAGGCACUGAGGGCUGAGAUUCUCCGCGCUUGCUUCAAAGAGAUGCGACAUUGUGUAAAGACUCAGGUGAACGACAAGUACCCGGAACUCAUUAACGAAGCUGUGAAAGCUGCACCCGUGACAGCGUACGCCUGGGGCUAUAAAGAUCAAGGUGGUCUCCCGUGGUCAACAUACAAGGCCGUCGUCCGACGUGACGGUGUCUACCGCUCUAUGAGUGCUGGUCAUCGUGAUUUCAACUCUGAUCUUGUUGACCCGAUCCUCAAACGCCUUGCUACACCCUGGGAGCGGACCUUUCAAUCUCACCUUCCCGGAAAGAUCGAGACGCAUAUCGAGAACUCAGCAAAGCUUCUUCACAAGUUUCACGAAGCCAUCCAAGAACGCGGCAAUGAUAGUGGCAUGAGCUUGGCUAAGAUAUCCAUCUUGAAGGGACAGCUCACCCAUUACGAGCAGUUCCUCCGGGAUUUCGGAAUGGACCUCAUCAACCAGAUGAAUGAGCUCCAACGUGAGGCAAACCGUGACUUUACACCGUGCGUUGCGAUGGCUAUGCAUGAUGCCUACGAGUAUUGCGCUAUGGAGCAUGGCAAAGGGUCGUACAAGCGCAUGAAAGACCACAUGGAGGAUCACGUUAAGCAAGAAAGCCCCGGAAUGUUUGAUGAAGCAACCAGUAAAGUGGAAAAACAUCUGGAUGACAUGUGCACAAAAUUGCGUGAAGCGAUGGAGGAAAAGGCCGAGUGGUUCGCUGCGCGGAUGGGCACUGACUACAUGCGUGUUAUGAGCGGUGUUGCGAGCGACCAGCCCGUACCUUUGCUGUCGGAAGAAGAGAGCCAGCUGAGGGAUGAGGUUAGAGAGGCUUUGAGCAGCAUCGUUGUUCAGUUGGAGCCUAUCGCCCAUGGAGAUGUUGGUUCACACCACGGUGACACUGGAGACGGCUCGAAAGCUCAUAAGCCGCUUCAUGCUUAUGUAGAAGACGUUGAUAUGUCUGAAUCUGCUGAAGAACCUAUCCGCGGCGCUCACGACAGCUCAAUCACCGACGAGGCCAUCAACAGUGUCAAGCCCACAGACAACGGCAGCUCAAUCAUCGUCGAGGCCACGAACAAUUUCAAGCCCAACACAGUCGUCAACGAGUCCAUCAACAGUGGCAAGCCCAUGGGCAACGACAGCACUGCCAUGGAAGCAUGA